AAAGACUUUGACUACUGUUCAAGGUCUUCCAGUUGAAUAUGAUCAAAAAAAAUUGCUAAAAGCAUUUAAAAAGGAAUUUGCUUGUAAUGGUACUCUUGUACAAGAUGAAGAACUUGGUCAAGUGAUUCAGCUUCAAGGGGACCAGCAAACAAAAUAG